GAUGUUUCAGGUGUUUUCCGAAAUGUCCGCAUUGAACCCGGACCCCUUCGAUGAGCAAGGGGACGAGAGUGAAUCCGAUGGGGAUUUUGAGGAUGUGCUGGGAGGAAGCUGUCAGCCGCAGGUAGAGCUAGGAGUUAUGUGGAAUGCAGAUGCAAAUGAUGCAGCCAUGGAAGACGCUGACGAGGAUGAUGAUGACAUGUGA